AGAGCUGCUACCGAAUGCGAAGAGUCUAGUAUAUGAGAAUGCGUUGAUCUCCUCGAAUUCGGGCGUCUCCUCUAGAUUGCAGUAAGAUUUCAACUGCAAAAAUGGGUGCUGUUCACAUUUUGGACAACUACUAUCUUGCCAUCACGCUACUCAUCACUAUCGCCUAUCAACUUUUCUUCUUUUCGAUAGCUUUCUCGUUCAAGUUCGACAAGCUUACCGAUUUCGCUGGAGGCACCAAUUUCAUUGUUCUUGCAGUCAUCACGCUCGUAUUCAGCGGCGCCCGAGAUAAUGCACGCAACAUCGUGGCAUCAGUUUUCAUUAUGAUAUGGGGAGCGCGACUUUCCGGCUUCCUACUUUUCAGGAUCUUGAAGACGGGGAAGGAUGACCGCUUUGACGACAAGAGAGAUAAAUUCUGGUCGUUUCUUGGCUUCUGGGUAUUCCAGAUGCUCUGGGUCUGGAUAGUAUCCUUACCAGUUACUCUCUUGAACUCGCCGAAUGUCACUCAGUUCAACCAGCCUGGCUUUGGGACGGGCCGAGACAUCGCUGGGAUCAUUCUGUAUUCCAUUGGGCUGGUUAUGGAGAGUGUAUCCGACGUCCAGAAGUAUCGAUUCAGAAGUGCCCAUGGAAGUGAUGGCGCUGUAUGUGAUGUUGGAUUCUUCGCCUGGACACGACACCCAAAUUACUUUGGAGAGAUCAUUAUCCAGUUUAGUAUCUUCAUGAUCGCUGUUUCGCCAGCAGCAUACGGCUAUGCUCACGGUGGAGCGUACUCAGCAUUGUACGCGUCCAUCCUCGGGCCCUUCUUCCUCACAGCGCUGCUUAUGUUCCUGUCCGGGCUUCCUUUGCAAGAACGGCCGGGGGCGAAGAAAAGGUACGAGAAAGGUAUCAAGUGGGCCGAGUAUGAGAGAUACCUACACCGUACGAGUAUUCUCAUCCCAUUCCCACCCCAGUUGUACGAGAAGCUGCCUAUGUUCCUAAAGAGGUCGGUUUUCCUAGAGUUUCCGAUUUAUGUGUUUGAUCCGGCGAAGCAUGCCGACCAGAGUAAAGCGCAAGCUACGGCCGCAGAGGAGGGUCGGACGAGACCUAGUGAUGAGCAAAGUCUGAGAUAGUAGGAGUAUCGUGGUCGUUGAAAUGCAUUGUUUGCGCAGUCAAUCCACUUUUACCCCUGAAAAUGUCUUCAAGAAUCACAGGAGCUAAUCUGAUA